AUGACGUCGGAUGAAUCGGUGCCGAAGCCCCGCUUUCAAAAAGGAGACAUGAUUGCCGGAUGGAAGGUGGUGCAAAAGCUGGGCGAAGGUGGAUUCGGCAUGGUGGUGGAGGUGGUAAAUCGCCAUGGACUACAUGCCGCUUGUAAGGCCGAAUUUUACACGGGUCGACGCGAUAAUCAACUGAUCAAGAAAGAGGUACCCAUCUUGCGUCUGAUGCAAUGGUCGAAACACUUUUGCAAGAUUCAUCUCGCUGGACAGACAACAACUGAUGUCAAUGAAAGCCUCAACGUGAUUGUAAUGACUCUUGUUGGAGAGCCGCUCUCAAGGAUUCGACGCCAAUGUCCAUCGCAAGCUUUCACUCGAUCAACAGCGGUUCGCCUCCUCAAACAAUGCCUCGAAGCCAUUCGAGAUCUACACUACACUGGUUAUCUUCAUCGUGACGUUAAGGGAGGAAACUUUGCUUGGCAUGAGGAAUCACGCACAGUCUAUUUAAUUGAUAUGGGAUUUGUGCGACAAUAUAUUGUUUGGAAGGACGAGGAAAAGACGGAAGUGAUCAAACGCCCAAUUCGCAAGAAGGCUCAUUUCCUUGGUACAUCCCGUUAUGUGUCGUUGAAUGUCCAUUUGAGAAAGGAUCAGGGUCGUCGUGAUGAUUUGUGGGGACUCGUUUAUUUGUUUGUCGAAUUUAUCAAGGGAAAGCUUCCAUGGCACGAUGAUAACGACCGAGUGACCACCGAGAAGAAGGCAAAAAUUGGAUCUAAGCUUUUGAAAGGAUGUCCAGUCGAAAUGUACAAGUUCUACGAUCAUGUGCGCUGUUUGGGAGUUGAGGACAAGCCGAAUUAUGAUUUGCUGAUGAACAUUCUCGAAAAAAUUUGUGCUCGAUGUGAUUAUCGUGAUGAAGAUCGAUUGGACUUUGAGCGAGGAGGCCGUUACUAUGAAUACAUUAUGGAUAACAAAGAGAACAUUUCGAAUAGCCAUGAGACGACGAGUAUCACUGGCAAGGGUGCCCAGAAAUACGAUGACGAGAGUGAUGAGAACAAUGAGGAGACUUCGGUCACCGAUUCGGGCACUACUGAAGAAAGCGAUGCCGAGGAGUCGACAAAC